AUGACGCCUGAGACACCGAGGGAUGUGCCUUCUUGUCGCAAAAACAGCCAUGCACGCUGGACGUCAGAAACUGGAACGAACGACAGCGCCACCAUCUUUCUAAUAAGGGACCUAAUAGUGUCAUCCUGCCCGUACGCAAAAAGUGCCCGCACCUGCGAAUAUAUUCCUCAAGUUUUGAAAUGCUCGAACAUACGUCUCACGAGAUCUACCAGACAACAGAAAGUACACUGCGGGUGA